AUGCCUAUCCGAAUCUCUACCCGCCGGGCUCAAACCCUCCUCAAACCGUCCCUCUAUAAUAUCCGCCCAUACAGCACGCCCACAUCAACAAUAAAAGUCACCCGAGUACCCGCACCACACGCCGGCAACAUACGCAUCCUCUCUCUCAAUCGACCUACCGCCAGAAACGCAAUCUCCAAACAACUGCUCUCGGAACUUCGCCAACAGGUUGAGGAAAUCAGCAAUGAGCCCGAAGAUGGCCCAACACGAGCACUGAUCCUGGCUUCCGAGUCUGAUCAAGCAUUCUGCGCCGGUGCAGACUUGAAGGAGAGAUUGACCAUGAGUGGAGAUGAGACAAAACACUUCCUCACCCUCCUCCGCGACACCUUUACCCGCCUCUCCCUCCUCCCCAUCCCCACAAUCUCAGCCAUCUCCUCUGUCGCAUUCGGCGGCGGUCUAGAGCUCGCCCUCACGACAACCUUCCGCGUCUUUGGCUCCACAUCCACCGUCGCACUGCCAGAAACAAGACUAGCAAUCAUCCCCGGCGCAGGAGGAACUUUCCGUCUACCAUCGCUUAUCGGCACCGCAAGAGCCAGAGACAUGAUCUUGACGGGCAGAAGAGUCACAGCAGCCGAAGCUUACUUCAUGGGCCUAUGCGAUCGACUGGUCGAAGUAGACGAGGUGCAAGGAGACAAGACAAAAGAGAGAGAAUUGGUGCUCACACAAGCCGUUGCUUUGGCAAGAGAUGUCUGUGACGGUGGGCCUGUCGCUACAAGAGCAGCGCUCCAAGCAGUAAACAGCUGGGGCGCUGGCGAGGAGGCUGAGAACCUGGCGUACGAGCGUGUCUUGGUUACUCAGGAUCGAAUCGAGGCUCUCAAGGCGUUUGGUGAGAAGAGACCGCCUGUCUUCAAGGGAAAAUAG